AUGAAUUCAUUCCAUAAUGAAAAUCUUAUUUCUGCCUGCUAAAAUGGCAGUGUAGAUGAAGCUAAAAAGUCAAUCUCUAAUGGUGCAAGUGUAGAUUAUUAAGAUUAAGAUGGAAAUAAUGGGUUACAUUAUGGAGCUAUGAAUGGAAAAGUUGAGGUUUUAAGAUUUUUAGUAAGUAAUUCUAUUCCUUUGGAUGUCUUAAAUAACGAUGGAAAAACUGCUCUCCACUUAGCAUGUGAGAAGGGGGAUAAAGAAUGCAUAUUUUUUUUAGUUACAAAUGGAGCUUCAGUAGAAAUUAAAAAUAAAUCUGGACAAAAGCCUGGUGAAGGAAACAUGGAAGCUAAGAUGCUCUUGAAUAAUAUAGUAUGCGAGGAAAAGGCAUUUAAUAUUUUACCUCCAGCAUAAAAAGCUAAAAUUUUGGAAAUAUUUUAUGACGUUGAUUCUGAUGGAUAGAAGUAAAUAGAUUUAAGCAAGUCCAAAAGGUUUAAUAAAUAUAUUGAUGAGUAAAUUAAUGAUGGUGGAAUUGAAAAAGAUGCCAAAGACUUUAUAAAAGCAUGUGCAGUUUGCAAUAAAGAAACAGUUAAUAUAGAUGAAUGGAUCUUUGCUUUUUCUAAGUUAUAUGCAGUCGAUUAAGCAGCAUUUGAUAAGUUUGUAGAUGACUACGAUAAAGCUGUAGAAAAGAAAGGAAAGCUUAAAAAUUUAGAAUUUGAAUAAUGA